AUGACGGAGACCUUUUCCCUGCGCAUAAUUAAGGUCGAUGACCACCAAGAAUGGACUGUCAGUGUCACUACGGAUGCAACCAUCGAUAUGCUGAUCGGACUUGUAGCAGAGUCUACUGGCAUAGAGCGGGGUCAAUUUCGAUUGGUUUUUAGGGGUCGGAUAAUAUCAAACUUACCCCCAGGGCACCUCAUUAAUGAGUGCGGGAUUAAUAGCACAAACAAUUCUAUCAUUCUUGUCCAAAGGCGUUCUCAUAAUUUGGAUCCUCCUGCGGAAAGACAGUCCACUCAGGCUCUGCCCCAGGCCCACGCAGCUGACGAGCAGCCCACGAUUGAGGAGAUAGCACCAAAUGUCUAUCGACUCAGGAGGCCUGUAGACGUUGCGAGUUUGAGGAUGAGUGUGAGCCCAGAAAUGUCGAAUGUUAAUCCUGUCGAUAUAGCACGCGAUAUAUUGCAGGGUCUGUUCACAGUUCAAGAUGGGAGCGGGUCUCGUGUAGCCCCUCCCGCUAGUGGAACGUUUACCACAACUCUCCGCAGCAACUCUACUGAAAGGUCUGGAGAUACCUCUAACCCCAUGGUAGCCCUAACAACACUUCUGCAUAAUCUUUACUCCGACGAAUCUCCCAACGAUGGCACUAGUGAUUCGUACAAUGCAGUGAUAAACAUCACCACCAACACUACCGCUCCAUCCGAAGGAGCCAGCUCCUCACCGCAGCAAAUAGUUUCGCCGACAGAGCAUGCUACUGUUUCAGUUCUAAUUCCUACAGACGCACAAAAUCAACAGAGCCGUGCAACGCCGACUGACGGUGCUACCCAUGGUCCUGUAUUAACAGCUUUCCAUGUUCCGUCCGUUCCGAAUACUACACCAAUAAACGGGCGAUCACUGAAUGCUCCACGUCGUGGACAGUUCUCUUCCAGACCUGUUGGUUCUGCAGACCGCGCUCCAUUCAGCCAAAUAUUCUUGGGCUCAAUUCCAGGACAGGGGUCUACUUACCCUCGUGACGCACUACGUUACUCAUCUAAUAGCACGCAAACAGAGAGGGUCCUCUUGCCAUUCGGCUCGGGUCCUGUCCGGCACGAGUGCAACUCCAAUGUUUCAAGUAUUACAGGCCCCCGGCCAGCCAGGAAGAACAGACAGCAAGGGAGCACAGCCAUUUCGAAAGCGCGACGGUGCUUGCAACGUGCACGCGACGUCCGGUAUCUGCACACAGAUGAGUUACAAGCGCUGUUGAGCGAUCUAUCAGACAUGUCUUCGACGCUUUCCACAGAUAUCAACAUAUUUAUGCAGAAAUUAACGAGUCUAAAUCGUCGCACGACACCUAGUGUCAAUCAUUCACACGAAGUAAAGAGAGGCAGAAGCGGACUGUCUACUUCCACAACAUCGGCAGUGGUCGUUGGCGGACAUCCAGUGACUCAGUCGUUGGUUAUCCCGCUGCAUGGACACGAUCAGCUCCGUGGAAGUACUACAAAUUACUUUCACGAGAGCAUACGCAAGCGAAUCCUCAACCUUAUGGGCAUGUUGAUCCACAUCAAUGCUGCCAUUCCUCAUUGUAUCGAUGCCCUCCGUAACUCUCUUUCCAACAGCAUGCUUCAGAUAGCAGCCCACAGGUCAGGCAUCAGCAGCGACAGCCCCAUAACGGAGUUUGGCAACAAUGAACUCUUCAACGAAUUUAUUUACAGGAUUACGACAAACGAAUUCGAAGAAAGGAAUCUGCCCUCCACUGAUGGCGAUAGCGACGAUAGCUCGUAUGACUGGGAUGACAAGUCAUGCACGGCUUCGUUUCUGACAGAAUGA